ACGUAAUUUUCAGCGUUCUUUGCCAAAUAUCCGAGAUCUCGGUCAUGCGGGAUAUCUCGGUGGACUGAGUUUCCCGGUCUCAUAUAAAAAGGCCCUAAGGAGCUCGGCUCUGGCGUCGUUUGUUUUCAUUGUUGCUACUAACCAAUCUGUCAAACAUGGAUAAAAAAGAAAGCGAAAGCAUUUUACAGAGAAGACCUCUUCCACCUAAACAAAGUAAAGAAGAAUGGAGAUUAAACAUUCUGAAGAACUGUGAGCGAAACAAAAAGCAAAAAUUAGCUAAGAAAAAGAAUUACUUACCACCAGGAAGAAGAGACCAACAAAUUCUUGACCAUGGAAUUUUAAACUGCUUGAAACCGCUUGGUCCAAGCCCUUUUCAACCAAGGUUGCCUAAGAAGACACCAUGGCAAUUAACUAAACGAAAGAUUGAUGCACCAGUUGAAAGUCAUCAAAUGGUGCACGCAUUACCUUCAAAACAAAAUGAAUUUGUGAAAGAUAAUACUAUUUCUGACUGUACCCAUCAACCAGUUAGUAAAAAUGAAUUUAUGAAAUAUAAUUCGAUUUCUGUUCCAAAUGAAUUUAGCAGUAUAGUUGCACCGGCAAAUAGUCAAACAUUACAUGUUUUGGAUUUAAAUGAGAUGGAAAGCCUUACAGAAGUUUCACCAAGGAAACCAUGGAGGAAAAGCUUGCUUGAGGAACAAGCUGAAGAAAAUUAUAAUCUUAGCGAAGAAUGUGCUAUUCCACAUGUGUGCACGAAAGAUAAAAGCAUUUCUCAUUCUUCAUGUCGCAGUCGCUAUAACAUCUGCAUCACAAACUCAACGAAUAGCACCUUCUAUGUUUCUGAGGAGGGUUUAUCACAGGAUAGUAAAAAUGACAUCGACUCAAGAAAGGAGAUCUUAUCAAACAUCCUCACUAUAGAAUUUGGUCAAGAUACUGUAUCACGUCUUGUCUUGAAUGUAGAUGAAACAAAGCUGUACUUAAAGGGUUACUUUCUUGAUAUGUUUGAAGAUGUUCCUGAUCAGUUGUUGGCGACACUUUCUUCAGUUAAUUUAUCAUUUAAUAAUUUUAUGGAAAUACCAGAAGUGUUAUUUACAGCAAAAAAUUUAAUAUCCUUAAACAUGAGAAAUAAUCCAAUAAAGUCCAUCUCUGGAGACAUAAAGAAUUUGGUAAAAAUAAAAUAUAUGAAUUUUUCUUUCUGCUGUUUGAACGAACUUCAAGAUUGUGUUUUGAAUUUAAGUGAAUUGGAAGUGCUCGACGUCUCAUAUAACUGUAUUCCAAGGCUAAACAAAAGCAUCAAAAAUCUCGUGUCGUUAAAAGAGCUCUACCUAGAUGGGAAUUUUAUACGUCACUUUCCAACGGAACUGCUUCAGCUUUCUCUAACAAGUUUUAGCUGCCAAACAAAUUUCUUGCACAAAUAUUUUUGGAAAGAAAGCGUACCGCCGAUACUUCAGAGUUUACGAGAUGUUGCACUGACGUGCGUGUGUAAGAAUCACAACUUGGACAAACUACCUUUGGAUAUAAAGCAGAAGAUUGGUGAAUGCGGAAUCUCACCCUGUGAUUAUUGUGACCAAUUAAAACCUCACGAAGGUAUUCCUGUGUUAAAACCAGUUGCAGAAAUAUUUGGUAUCAAAAAUCUUCCUCUGCUUUUUCAUGUGUGUUCACAGAGCUGCAGAAGAAGUUUGUUACUUGCCUCACAUUUGAAUGAUAUGAAAUGAUUUUCAUCACAAAUUUAUAAAUUAUUUAGAAGAACGCUGUUUGGCUGGGCUACACAUCUACAAAACAGACCCUUUGUAGCCUAUCGGUUGUGAAGUUUUGAAGAGGUGAUUCUGCUUCCCUACUGCAUGAAUAAACAUGUGAACAGCAUGCAAGUAACUUCUAGCUUGGCUAGAGUAGGGCGGUGAAAAAGAAGGCGAGAUCUGUAUAUGAUUAAAAUGAAUAUGUAGCUAAAAAUUUUUAAAAAAAGUAAGCUCAAUUAUGUUUUUGAUAGAUAUUAUACCCCUAUAUUUUUGAAAUUCAGUGACAAUAUAAAAUGAAGGCUUAGAAGAAGAGCUUUAUUCUUUACGUCUCCACCGUCUUGUUUAAUACGAUACUUCGUGUAUUCACCGUCUUGUUUGAUGACUAAUCAGAAGCGGGUGUAGGGCCACCUUUGAUGUAUAGCUUAAAGGGAAUGGGAAUGUAAUCCUUGUCCUCUUUUGACAUGCAAUUUCCACGUGUACAAGUAUUGGUGAUUCUUUAAUUCAAUCUUUGAGCCAGCAAAUUCCCCCUUUUAAACUAGUAGAGACAUUUUCUUAAAGUUGGGUUCACAGCCAUUCGUGGUAGUCGUUCAAAUAAGGAGAAUACAAAAAAUCUAUUCGUUGCUAAUAAAAUAAUGCAGUUCACACUAGCAAAAAAAUUUCAGUAUUACACUCAAUAAUAAAAUAUUCAAUGUUUAAAUUAAUUAUUGCAAACGAAAGUUUAGCUUUUCUUUCUCAUCAACUUUGUUUUCAUUUUGAAUUUCCAAACCUCCUUUUAAAUUUGUAUUAGUUCAUUAUUCCUAUUUGCCGUAUUAGUUGAACUUUCUUCCAACUACUGCGGCGAAUGCUGGCAUAUGAGAUAAAAAUUACGUAGUAUGCUAAAAAUAAAUAUUGCGCAUGUACAUAUUCAUGACGAAAAAAGUGUGAACCCGUCUUUCAACUUUGCUGACAACAUGGUUUUGUUCGAUGCGUUUCCCUCUACCCCAUCCAUUCUAAAGGUUUAUCUCUUUGAGAUAAACCUUUUGAACUGGUAGAGGAAUAUUCAAUUGCUGAUAGGAAGCAAGAGGUAAGCAGCUCAUAUCUCAGAUAACUAUUUAAAAAGGGUUUAUUCCUUCAUUACUGAAUAUGGGCCAAAUAUCUUGUAGGAAUUUGUCAAUUUUUAGCAACACUUUUGUGCAAGAGGUGGUAUGUAACAUUUAAAAAAAAUUCUGUCAUACUAUUGCACAAUCCAUAGAACUUAUGAACUACAACAGAAUGCGCAUGAAAUCAAAGUAGAUGCAACACUAAUUUCAUGAUUUAUAUAUUUUAAUUAUAGGACUCAGACAUUUGUCAAAAAUGGCCUAAAAAGACCAACAUAAGGAAAAAUCUAGUAAUUUUGGAAACCUCACUUCCUGCCUGUAGUGCCUGACUGUAAAAGUACAUGACUCUUAAAUUAAGGAAUACGGCGGUUGUUCCUAACAAGAAAAAAUUUGGCAACAUUAUAUUUCAAGUCCAUAUAUAUACAAAAGAUGAACAGUGCAAUAAUUCAAUUUAUUGUUGAUUGCGAAAAAAUUAGAAAUAAACAAUGACGUAAAAAAAACCCCAAAAACAGAAUUCCU